GCUCUCCAGCUUGCCCUUUUACUGGCUUGCUUCUCUCUCUCUCUUUCUUUGUCUCUCUCUCGAUCUGUCGAUCCUCGGGAGAAGUUUGGCCCCAAAUUCCACCAGAUCCGAUAGUUCUUACUGUCUCCCGGGGGGCGGAACCCUAAUUCUUGGCCUUAUUGUUCGAGAUCGGCGGUCCUCUCGCCGGGGGUCCGAUGGAGGAGGCAUUGGAGAUGGCGCGGGCCAAGGACACGAAGGAGCGGAUGGCCGGGGUGGAGCGGCUCCACCAGGUCCUGGAGGCCACCACCAAGAGCCUCUCCACUGCGGAGGUCACCGCCCUCGUCGACGCAUGCAUGGAUCUGCUCAAGGACAGCAACUUCCGGGUCUCCCAGGGGGCGCUCCAGGCGCUGUCCGCCGCGGCCGUGCUCUCCGGGGAGCACCUCAAGCUCCACUUCAACGGCCUCGUGCCGGCCGUCGUCGAGAGGCUGGGGGACGGGAAGCAGCCUGUGCGGGACGCGGCGAGGCAGCUUCUGAUCACUCUCAUGGAGGUAUCCUCCCCGACCAUCAUCGUCGAAAGAGCUGGUAGUUAUGCUUGGACACAUAGAAGUUGGAGAGUGAGGGAAGAAUUUGCACGCACAGUAAUGACAGCUAUUGGACUUUUUGCUUCAACCGAACUCCCUCUUCAGCGAGUUAUUCUUCCUCCUGUUUUGCAGUUGUUGACUGACUCUAAUCAGAGUGUUAGGGAAGCUGCUACUUUAUGUAUUGAGGAGAUGUAUGCACAAGGUGGACCUCAAUUUCGUGAGGAGUUGCACCGUCACCAUCUUCCUUCUUCCAUGCUUAAAGAAAUCAAUGCCAGGUUAGAAAAAAUAGAACCGAAAGUUCAGCCAUCUGAUGGAGUUGGAAUUUCUUAUGUAUCAGCUGAAACCAGACCAUCUUCUGCAAACCAUAAGAAGAGCAGUCCAAAGACCAAGAUGGCUCCUAGAGAAACCUCAUUUUCGAGUGGUGAUAUUGAUGCUACUGAAAAGCCUGUGGCCCCUAUCAAAGUGUACUCCGAGAAGGAACUGAUGAGAGAAAUGGAAAAGAUUGCAUCUACACUAGUGCCAGAGAAAGAUUGGUCGCUUCGCAUUGCUGCCAUGCAAAGAGUUGAAAGCCUGGUCUAUGGAGGUGCUACAGAUUAUCCAUCAUUUCUUGCACUCCUAAAGCAACUGGGUGCUCCUCUCAGUACUCAGCUAUUGGAUCGACGUUCUAGCAUUGUGAAACAGGCCUGUCAUCUGUUAAACUUACUAUCAAAGGAACUGAUGGGCGACUUUGAAGCUUGUGCUGAUAUGCUCAUUCCGGUGCUUUUGAAGCUUGUUGUGAUCACUGUUCUUGUGAUUGCGGAAUCUGCAGAUAAUUGUAUUAAAACGAUGUUGCGUAACUGCAAAGUUGCUCGUGUGCUCCCUCGGAUAGCUGAUGUUGCAAAGAAUGACAAGAGUGCAGUUCUUCGUGCUAGGUGUUGUGAAUAUGCACUUCUAAUACUGGAGUACUGGGCUGAUGCUCCUGAAAUACAGCGGUCAGCAGAUCUUUAUGAAGACCUGAUCAAGUGUUGUGUAGCAGAUGCAAUGAGUGAGGUGCGUUCAACUGCUCGUACUUGCUAUCGGAUGUUCACAAAAACUUGGCCAGAUCGUUCCCGGCGACUGUUUUUAUCAUUUGAUCCUGUCAUACAGAGGAUAAUAAAUGAAGAGGAUGGAGGUAUGCAUAAAAGAUAUGCUUCUCCUUCUCUCCGUGAAAGGGGAGUACAGUUUUCUCGUGCUCCCUCUCAAGCCAGUAGCGCAAACGUAGUUGGAUAUGGUACCUCUGCUAUUGUUGCAAUGGACAAGAGUGCAACUAUUUCCACAGGGACAUCUCUUUCCUCGGCUAGCCUCCUUUCACAAUCCAAGACACUUGGCAAAAGUUCAGAAAGAAGCCUUGAGAGUGUGCUUCAUGCAAGCAAACAGAAGGUGUCUGCUAUUGAAAGUUUAUUGAAAGGUGUGAGCAUAUCUGAGAAGCAUAACUUCACAAGUGCACGCUCUACCAGCUUGGAUCUAGGAGUUGAUGCUCCAUCCACUCGUGAUCCGCUGGUUCCUAGUGUUUCUUCUCCGGAUCUUUUCUCUGCACAGAGCUCAGUAUUGGCUGACUCAAUUGUUGCAAACAUUACGAAAGGCAGCAACAGGAAUGGUGGCUCUAAUAUGUCUGAGGUCCUGAGUUCUCAGGUCCAACAAUCCAGAGACCCUUUGAAAUUGUCUCACCUCAGUCAUGUAACAUCUGAUACCCUGUCAUCUUUGUCAUUGUCUUACAUGAAAAGAUCUUCUGAACGAUUGCAAGAAAUAAGUGGCAGUGAAGACAAUGUUGAUCUCAGGUUAAGUAGACGGCUUCCGAGUAUCCAUACUGAUAGACAAUAUCUGGAGACACCUUAUAAGGAUUCUGGCUAUAGGGAUUCACAGAAUAGUUACAUUCCUAACUUUCAGCGACCUCUUUUAAGGAAGCAGGUGACAGGAAGGACUCUUGCAAGUAGCAGAAGUAGUUUUGAUGAUAGUCAAAUCCCAGCAAGUGAAAUGUCUAGCUAUAUCGAUGGUCCAGCAUCACUAAGUGAUGCACUCACUGAGGGACUAAGCCCUAGUUCAGACUGGGUAGCUAGGGUUUCCGCAUUUAAUUAUCUCUGGAGUUUGUUGCAGCAGGGGCCAAAGGGUAUUUUGGAGAUUACGCAGAAUUUUGAGAAGGUUAUGAAAUUGUUUUUCCGAUACUUGGAUGAUCCUCACCAUAAAGUUGCACAGGCAGCUUUUUCCACUCUUGCAGAAAUUAUUCCAUCAUGCAGAAAGCCUUUUGAGAGUUACCUGGAAAGAACAUUGCCACAUGUCUUUUCUAGAUUAAUUGAUCCAAAGGAACUGGUAAGGCAACCAUGUUCAGCAACACUGGAGAUAGUUGGUAAGACAUACAAUAUUGAUUCUCUUCUUCCAGCACUUCUUAGAUCUUUGGAUGAGCAGAGAUCUCCUAAAGCAAAGUUGGCUGUUAUUCAAUUUGCAAAUAAUUCCUUUAAUAAACAUACAAUAAAUGCUGAUGGCUAUAGUAACAACGGAUUUCUUAAGCUAUGGCUUGCUAAGUUAGCACCUUUGGUAAAUGAUAAAAAUGUAAGGCUGAAGGAAGCAUCCAUAUCUGGCAUCAUAUCAGUUUACUCCCAUUUUGAUCCAACAGCAGUCUUAAAUUUUAUUCUCAGUCUUUCUGUUGAAGAGCAGAACUCAUUAAGACGGGCACUUAAGCAGUAUACGCCUCGUAUAGAGGUUGAUCUUAUGAACUUUUUGCAGAAUAAGAAAGAACGUCAAAGGUCAAAACCAUUUUAUGACCAAUCGGAUGUUGUUGGAACUUCUUCCGAGGAAGGUUAUGUUGGUGCAUCGAAGAAAAGUCACCAUUUUGGUCGUUAUUCAGCCGGUUCAGUUGACGAUGAAGGAGAGAAGAAGUGGAGUUUAACUCAUGAAUUGACACAACUUGAUGUUUCCAUUGGUAAAGCAGCUACUGAUGAGUCUCGUCACCCAUUCGAGAAUAUUGAUGACUACGGUUCUGACCCUUUAUCACAAGGUACUGGGUCAGUUAAUAAUUGCUUACAGAAAACAGAGAUGACUAUUGAGCAUGAGAGUUCUGUGUUGACUCCACGUCUAGAUAUCAAUAGACUGGUUAGUUCUGAUGGACAUAAGGCUGCUGAUAUGAAUCAUGGUGGUGAAAUCAGUAUAAGUUCUGAGUUCAAUAAUGAGAAGCUUAGUUCUGCAAAUGCCAUUCUCCCAGGAGACAGUGGGCCUAGUAUUCCCCAACUUCUUCAUCAGAUUUGCAAUAUUAAUGAUGUGAACUCAAGUUCAGAGAAACAAGAUGCACUACAACAGCUGGUUGAAGUUUCAUUGAAAAAUGAUACCUCUGUCUGGACCAAGUAUUUCAAUCAGAUCUUAACAGCUGUGCUUGAGGUGUUGGAUGAUUCUGAUUCUUCAGUACGGGAGCUUGCUCUUUCUUUGGUUGUUAGGAUGCUUAACAAUCAGAAAAGUGAGAUGGAAGAUUCUAUCGAAAUUGUUACUGAAAAAUUGCUUCAUGUGACAAAAGACGUGGUUGUGAAGGUUUCAAGUGAAGCAAACCAAUGCUUGAAUAUAAUCUUAUCACAAUUUGAUCCAUUCCAAUUCCUUAGUGUCAUUGUACCUUUGUUGAUCAGUGAUGAUGAAAAGACACUUGUCAUUUGUAUCAACUGUUUAACCAAGCUUGUUGGUCGACUUCCACAUGAAGAUUUGAUGAAACAUUUGCCUUCCUUUUUGCCGGCGUUGUUUAAUGCAUUCAAAAACCAGAGUCCAGAUGUGAGGAAGACUGUUGUUUUCUGUUUGGUGGAAAUUUAUAUCAUGCUUGGGAAGUCAUUCUUACCACAUUUGGAGGGUCUGAGUAGCACGCAACUUAGGCUAGUGACUAUCUAUGCAAACCGAAUUUCACAGGCAAGGUCCGGUGCUCCGAUCGAUCAUUAAAUGUCUUCUGUGUAUUGUUUGUUUUUGGUGAGGCGAGGUUGUGUAUUUGUAUAGUGUAACCAUUGUCCCUUGGUAUCGGACAUUGUAUGUGCUGUUGUUUUUUUCUUUUCUUUUUUUUUUCUUUCCUGAUUGAUGGUUUCCGGGACGGGGCUUUGUUGGAGAUGGGUGAGUUUAUUUAUCAUGCUGUACAGAAGCAUGUAACCGGAGCUUCCGUCGAUCCUGUAUUGUUCAUUGCUCAGUGAUUACAGGGUAAUGGUGUUAUCUAACAUGACAAGUAUGUUUUGAGCAGUCUGUGUUAUGAAUUUUCCCUUUUGAA